CUUUAAUUUAAAACUUGCAAAAUGCAAAUUGCAAAAAAUAAUUGUAAAAUAGCCAAUCAACGUCUUGAAAUAAGUAAUUACGUCGCGCGGCAAAAGUUGGAUCAAGUUUGAAUUUUGAAUGACUCGUGCCCACAGUAGGCCUAUUCUCCAACUUUAUAACGACAAUUUGGUAUCGUUACAGCGUCGUUGCGCAGAUAUUAUACAUGGUAGAAAAGCUGCGCAACGACACGUAACGAUAUCCCUAGCAGACUUACAGAAUAGCGCCACAGGACUCAGAGGACAUAGCAAGGCUUGUUACCUAACACGUGGCCACGUCACAGCAUAAGUAGAACCCACGUGCUGGGCACGAGGUAUACAGAAGCAUCAGUCCUUUUUGGAUAGCCGAGAGAAAUGGCCGCUUUGAUUCCGAAAUAUACUCUACAAGCAGCAAGAAAGCAGAUAACAUGCAUCGCGGCAGUUGCGAUGCAGACGAAUCGAUACUCAUCACAGUCGCAAAUCAUCGAAAAUCCAACUAUCAUUCCUUUAAAGAAAGGCACAGAGGGUAGCUCCAUCAAGAUAGCAACAGUGUUUGGUUCCAAUGGAUUCGUUGGACCUUAUUUGUGCUCAGAGCUUGCCAACGAUAAAAUUCAGCUCAUACUGCCAUAUAGAACUCCCGGCGGACCUAGAUAUUCUUACACCAACCUGCCGAUCAAGCCCAAGUAUCAUAGGUAUGAUCUGCGUUGUGAUGAAUCAAUAAGAAAAUGUAUUAAGUACUCCGAUGUCGUUAUCAAUAUGAUCGGUAGUAAUUUGGAAACUAAAGAAUUCGAUUUUUACGACUUGAAUGUUCGGGGACCCAGAAGAAUCGCCAGAAUAUGCAAAGAAGCCAAUAUCAAGCACUUUAUCCACAUGUCUGCCUUAAACGUGGGCGAUCAUUUGGAGUCACAUGUAUUGAAAAACGGUUCUCCGUUUCUACGUACAAAAUGGGAAGGUGAGUGUGCAGUACGAAGAGAAUUUCCCAAGGCUACAAUAAUUCGACCCUCGGAUAUAUGGAGUCCCGAAAAUCGUUUACGUUUGUAUGACACAAUAAAAAAUAUUUAUGGUUUAUUAACUUGGUACAAGAUUAAAGAAACGGAAAAACAGCCGGUGGCUGUAUAUGAUGUCGCCCAAGGUAUUGCAGCUAUCGUAGAAGAUCCUGAGGACACAGCUGGCCAAAUUUACCAGUUUGUCGGGCCGAAUCGUUAUAAACUGUUUGAAUACAUGGCGUUGGAUCGUUCAGAUGAUGUAUCCGAAGACGAUUGCAGAAGAUUCAACUCAUUUCGCUCGAGGUUUCGUUUUCAGAGAAAACAUGUUUUGUUUCACGAAAAUGCUUAUGGGUUUGAUGUGAGAGUACGUUGCCGCAAAGACUACUUCACCAGCAAUCGUGUAACAACCCAAAUGAUAUCUGAUGAAGUAUCAGACGAAUGGCCAAAUUUAACAGAUCUUGGCAUCGCAUUAACGCCGAUAAUAGAAGAAUACAUAAGUAGAACCCACGUCCUGGGCACGAAGCACACAGAAGCAUCGGUCCUAUUUGGAUAGCCGAGAGAAAUGGCCGCUUUGAUUCCGAAGUAUACUCUACCAGCAGUAAGAAAGCAGAUCACAUGCAUCGCGGCAGUCGCGGUGCAGAUAAAUCGAUACUUAUCACAGUCGCAAAUCAUCGAAAAUCCAACCAUUCCUUUGAAGAAAGGGAGGAAUCGUAACGCCAACAGGAUAGUAACAGUGUUUGGUUCAAAUGAAUACGUUGGGCCUUAUUUGGUCUGUCAGCUUGCCAAGAUUGAUACUCAGGUAUGUACACAAACUUUUAUACUUAAACUAGAUUGCUAUUUAGGACUUGAGACUUGCGUCGCAUAAGGUUUCUUCUUAUAUCAUUUUGAUCUGCAUGACGAUGAAUCAAUAAGAAAAUGUAUCGAGUACUCCGAUGUCGUUAUCAAUCUAAUCGGUAGUAAUUCGGAAACUGAAAAAUUCGAUUUUCACGAGUUGAAUGUUGAGGGACCCAGAAAUAUCGCCAGAAUAUGCAAGGAAGCCAAUAUCAAGCACUUUAUUCAUAUGUCUGCCUCAAAUGUGGACGAACAUUUGAAGUCACGUGUGUUGAAAAACGGUUCUUGGUUUCUACGUACAAAAUGGGAAGGUGAGUGUGCAGUACGAGAAGAAUUUCCCAAGGCUACAAUAAUUCGACCCUCAGAUAUGUGGGAUCCCGAAAAUCGUUUGUAUUUGUUUGACACAGUAAGUGUAUCAAUGUGGAAGAAGGUUAAAAGAACGGAAAAACAGCCAGUGGCUGUAUGCGAUGUCGCCAAAGGUAUUACAGCUAUCGUAAAAGAUCCUGAGAACACAGCUGGCAAAACUUACCAGUUUGUCGGGCCGAAACGUUAUAAACUGUUUGAAUACGUGGCGUUGAUUCGUCGCACACGCGAUCUAUUCGAUGACGAUUGCAGGACAUUCAACUUUGAAUCUACUCUAAUUAGCGAAUUGCGUACUAAAUUCCCUGUGAGAGAAGUUGUAAUUCGAAAAUUCACCAAUAGGAAAAAUUUAAAAAGGAAGGUGAUAAGGUAUCAGACUGAUAAAGUAUCAGACAAAUUGCCAACUUUAACAGAUCUUGGCAUCGCAUUAACGCCGAUGGAAUAA